GGAAUUCUUUCUCAAUAUGCCGUCUGAUGCAAAAAAGCAACGGGAUAAAGCCAAAAAAGACAAGGAGAAAGCUGCCUCAAAACAACGUGGAGGAAAAAAGGGUGGAACAAAUUCAGAACAAAAUGCAGUUGAAGACGGAUUGAAUGACAACAAAAUUGAAGAAAAUGGAAUUUCUCAAGCAGAAAUGGAUGCCGUUACGGACGUUUUGCAUCGUGUUGAAUUAGAAAAUGCUAAAGCUCGUGCAGUUGCUGGCGUUUUAACUUCACAGGAAAGAAGCAUAAAUUUAAAAAUUGAUCAACUGACAAUUACUUUUCAUGGACGGGAAAUUGUGACGGAUACAACACUUGAAAUAAAUAUGGGACGAAGAUAUGGGUUGAUUGGACUUAAUGGAAGUGGCAAAUCUUCAUUAAUGCAAGCAAUUUUCUUACGCGAAAUGCCUAUCCCCGAUCAUAUCGACAUGUUUCUUGUUAGUCGAGAAAUGGCGGCAGUGGAUUUGCCUGCACUCCAAGCUGUUAUUAAUGUUGAUAAAGAACGUAUUGCGUUAGAAAAACAAGCGGAAGAAUUGGCUGCUUAUGCUGAUGAAGAAUCCCAAACAAAAUUGUUGGAUAUUUAUGAAAGAUUGGAUGAAAUGGAUGCAGACAAAGCCGAAGUUAAAGCUGCUGAAAUUCUUCAUGGACUUGGGUUUACCCGUCAGAUGAUGCAAAAACGUUGCAAAGAUUUUUCUGGUGGAUGGAGAAUGAGAAUUGCAUUGGCACGCGCUUUAUAUUUAAAACCUUCAUUGCUUUUACUGGAUGAACCUACUAAUCAUUUGGAUUUGGAUGCUUGUGUAUGGUUAGAAUCUGAACUUUCAAAGUAUAAACGUUCUUUGUUGAUUAUAUCCCACUCACAAGAUUUUAUGAAUAAUGUUUGUACAAAUGUGAUUCAUUUGUUUCAGAAGAAGUUGAUUUAUUACACUGGUAAUUAUGAUACUUUCAUCAAAACUCGUUUGGAACUACUCGAAAAUCAAGCAAAACGGUACAAAUGGGAGCAAGAACAAAUUAAACAUAUGAAGGAAUACGUUGCUCGUUUUGGUCACGGAAGUGCUAAAUUGGCAAGACAAGCACAAAGCAAAGAAAAAACAAUGGCAAAGAUGAUUGCUGGUGGUUUAACAGAAAAAGUUGUUUUGGAACAAACAAAACAAUUUUACUUUUUCGAGCCUGAUAAUAUUCCACCACCUGUGAUUAUGGUACAACAUGUUAGCUUUAGAUACAAUUCAAAUUCGCCUUGGAUUUACCAGGAUCUUGAUUUUGGAAUUGAUUUGGACACUCGAGUUGCUUUAGUUGGACCAAACGGAGCUGGGAAGUCGACACUUUUGAAAUUGCUCGCAGCCGAUUGUGAACCGACAGAUGGAAUGAUUCGAAGACAUUUACACUGUAAAAUUGGAAAAUAUCAUCAGCAUCUUGUUGAAGAAUUACCUUUGGAACUCAGUGCCCUCGAAUAUAUGCAAAAAGCAUUUCCUGAUGUUCGAGAAAAGGAGGAAAUGCGUAAAAUUAUUGGUCGUUAUGGACUUUCAGGAAGAGAACAAGUUUGUCCGAUGAAACAGUUAUCAGAUGGUCAACGAUGUCGUGUAGCUUUUGCCUGGUUAGCUUGGCAACAACCACACUUGUUACUUUUUGACGAACCGACAAACCAUUUAGAUAUGGAGAGUAUUGAUGCACUUGCUGAGGCUAUCAAUAAUUUUGGAGGAGGAAUGAUUUUGGUUUCCCACGACUUUCGAUUAGUUCAACAAGUUACUGAUGAAAUUUGGGUUUGCGAUAAUAGAAAAGUUACCAAAUGGGAUGGUGACAUUUUCUCCUAUAAACAACAUUUACGUGAUCGUAUUGAGAAUCGAAAAAGAAUAAUGACUGAACGAUGA